AUGAGUAAUUAUUGUGACGAGUCUUUUUAUCAGCAGAAUAUAUACACAAACACGUAUAGUUUAUGGGAGAAUUCUGCUUAUUAUGAUAUUAAUAAUCUUAGUCCUCAAAACUUCUCGUCAAGUUGGCAUCGAGGCAAUGACGAAGAUUUUGAGACUCGGUACACUUCCGGCCCGACAGAGGCCCAGCCCUCGGAACCCCCAGAUCAAAGGAACAGGAGAGUAGUAGACAGAACAUCUUUGUACGAGGAUCCCGACUCAUUUUACCGAGACAUCACCGAAAGUACCUCUCCAUCUCCUACCACGGAAUGCGUACCAAUACAUUGGCAGAAUUCUGUUACGGAGUCCAAAGAGGGUUCCAGCACUUUGAAUAAAGGCAAGAUGUUAAGGACCAACAAGAUCCAGAAGAAAUUUGACAAAAUGCUCACUAAGCCUGUGAAGAUGAGUAAAGCGGAGAGCAUGAUGCAGAAGAUGGGCUGGCAUGGUGGUGCCCUGGGCAGGAGUGGAUCUGGCAUCUUGGAGCCUUUAGCUUCUAAUGCGGUUUAUGCUACACAAACGAAAGUUUGCGGCAAGAAUUUUGUCAAAGUGGAGAACGAAGACCGCUUCUCAAUGAACGUCCUCUACCAAAUAUACGAAUUUGUCAAGAAUAAUGCAGAGGUUGAGUUAGUUUUUGACCGGACUCUCUCCAAGGAGGAGAGGAAGCGGAUCCAUAACAUUGUAGACUUCAUGUUGAAUGUCGACGGAAUGUCUAUGGUUGAGUUUGAAAGCACCGCUCAAAUGGAUAUGGUGCUGCAGAUUUGUGAUGUGAAUUGCUAUAUUUUACAGACUCAGAGCGAGGGGGGAGAUCCUGAUCGUCACAUCUGCAUCUACAAAGAAGCUCCUGAACACGUCUACCUUAUCAUCCCUGAUGACCUUCGAGAGGAGCGUCCUGCUGUAAACCCACCUGCUGAGCAGUCAGAUUCAAAAGACGAAAUCUCGGAUGCUGAACUCGAGGAGGAAACUAACCCCUUUCUGAGGAGCAUCACUCGUAAUCUGAAGAAGACCAAAGAAGUGGUGAAGGUCCAGAAGGUUCAGCCGGUGGAACUACCUAAAGAGGCCAGUGUUCUGGAGAAGAUUCAGGAAUACUUUGCGGAGUUCGCCGAGAAAAGGCAGUACAGCCAGUUCAAGUUCCUAGGUCCGUUUACUGAUGAAGAAACGGACGGUAUACACGAGUUUUUCGAGAAGGCUGCUCAGUAUCUUAAGAAUGAGCCGUGUGAAGUUAAGGAGGUGUUCGCCAAGAUUUCGUUUGAAAUCGGAGAAGAUAUUACAGGGAACACAGUGAUCAACAAGAGGCCAAAGUAA